AUGGUGUCGUUAGCAAAGAUUCCCCAACCUCGAAUUGGCUCCUUUACCAUUGACGACCAGGGAUACAUAUCACUCUCCAAGCGGCCUUUAACUCUCCAACUCCAAGCACUCGAAAAUGAAGACAUUCCGACAGGUAAUGACCGUUUACGAACCUAUGAAUGCACCGAGAGCUACGUGCUGGAUCUCCUAGCGUACCAUGACAGCCGCCUUCUGCAUCAGCCAAACUCCAUGAACGAUGAGAAGGACGGGAGGAGACAGAUGUCCGCCUUCAUCAACCGCAAGACCGCACGAGGCCCGGUUUUCCUCGGUCUCACGGAUCUGCAACAGAGUAACAUCUUCGUCAACGAGCGGUGGCAAGUCGAGAGCCUGAUAGACUUGGAAUGGGCGUGUUCACACCCUUCCGAAAUGCUGAGAUCACCUUACUGGUUGACCGGAGAGAAGGUCGAGUGUUUUUAUGGCAAGACCCAGCUUGACAGAUUCUGCAACGCACGCGAGGAACUCAUGGCCAAGUUUCGACAACAAGAGAUGCUUCUAACGUCGCCGUCGGAGACCACACGAAGUGCCAUGUUCUACAAUCUGUUCAAGCAGAAUAUCAUGCCUCGCUUCUCGGGAGAUGACAGUUCCGAGUUCCCUGAUAUUUCGCAGUACUGGAGCAGUGACGUGGAUAAGGUGAUCCGUUCGAAGCUCGAGGAGAGGGAUCGGUAUCUUCAACGGCUGUCCCUGGCGGCGGUAUCUGCAGAUUCGGAUUCAGAUGGGUAG